CGUGCUUGAGCUUCCCCCUCGAGCUCUGACGUCGACUAGCGCACUCCACUAGAAACAUCAUCCACCUCCAGGGCUUCAAGCUCCCGUGCCGCCAGCCAGCCAGCCAUAACAGAGCUCACAACGCAACUCAAUUGCCACUGCCAUGACGGGAAAGUCGCGAUGGGCGGACAGCCAGGAGGACGCCGUCGCCGAAGAGCAGCGGAGAAAAGAAAAGGAGGCGAAGAAGCGCGCAAAGCUAGCACAACAGAAGCUCGCAGAGGAACGUCGCAAACAACAUGAACAACAAGAACAACAACAAGGAGGGGUUCGUGACGACCUCGAGAACCGGCCCGCGAAACGGCAAAGACUCUCACCGGCUCAGAAUACCGACACGGCUCAGAAGACCGACAAAGCUGCUGAAGCGCCAACAAAGCUCCUCAAAUUCCAUGCGCCGUCUUUGGGCCCUUGCAGACACGUCGACAACUUCGAACGGCUGAAUCACAUCGAGGAGGGCUCGUAUGGCUGGGUUUCAAGAGCAAGGGAGAUUGCGACAGGAGAGGUGGUGGCGCUCAAGAAGCUCAAAAUGGACAAUCUGAAUGACGGUUUCCCAGUGACCGCACUGCGAGAGAUACAGACCCUCAAAGCCUCAAAACACCCCAACAUUGUCGAUCUGCGCGAAGUCGUUGUAGGCGACGGAGACGACUUCAGUGAUGUAUUCCUGGUAAUGGACUUUCUGGAGCACGAUCUCAGGACGCUGCAAGAAGACAUGGCCGAGCCCUUCCUACCGUCUGAAACAAAGACACUCCUCCUCCAGCUCGCGUCCGCCAUGGAAUUCCUCCACGACCACUGGAUCAUCCAUCGCGACCUCAAGACCUCAAACAUCCUCAUGAACAACCGCGGCGAGAUCAAGAUCGCCGACUUCGGCAUGGCACGCUACUUCAGCGACCCCCCGCCUCCAAACCUCACCCAGCUCGUCGUCACCCUCUGGUACCGCGCCCCAGAGCUCCUCCUCGGCGCCUCCACCUACGACACCGCAAUCGACAUGUGGUCCGUCGGCUGCAUCUUCGGCGAACUCCUCACCAAAGACCCGCUCCUCCAGGGCAAGAACGAAGUCGACCAGCUCGCCAAGAUCUUCGCCCUCGCCGGCAUCCCCAACGACGACUCCUGGCCCGGCUUCCGCCGCCUCCCCAACGCCAGAGCCCUCCGUCUGCCGCGCCUCCCCAACCCGCCCAAAUCCUCCGCCCUCAUCCGCUCCAAAUUCCCCAUCCUGACCAACGCAGGCAGCGCCCUGCUCGCCGCCCUGCUCUCCCUCAACCCAGCCUCCCGGCCGACCGCGACGGAGAUGCUCGCCCAUCCCUACUUCCGCGAACAGCCUAAGCCCAAGUCAAAGGCCAUGUUCCCCACCUUUCCCAGCAAGGCGGGCCAGGAAAAGCGUCGUCGUAGGGCGACGCCCGAUGCGCCGAAGCGGGGUGAGAAGGGCGCGUUUGCGAAGGGCAGGGACGCCGUCGACCUUACUGGCUUGUUUUCCGGGCGGGAUGCGGAGGCGGCGGGGGCGGGGUUCAGGUUGAAGAUGGUGUGAGGGGG